UCUGUCCAUUUUAUGUUCUCCUCCACAGUAGGCUCAUACAGGACCUCUACUCAGAGUAAUCUAUAUUUGAUUUCUGAUUUUUUUUUAAAUCAGAAAAUAAUUGUAAAAGAUGGAGCUACUGAGGACUGCACUUUUUGUUGUGUUUAUCACAACAGCAUUCACAAGACCGUUUGGCAGGCCUGGACACCAUAAUGGCCAUAAAGCAUCAAAUCCAUUGGAAUGGUUGAAAUGGUACGAGCGGGGUCACUCUUCUGAGGAUGUCUUCAGACACAGCAAGGGAAGAGGCCCGGGAUCACCAAAGUUCUUUGAUUCUUCAGUGUCAAUGGAGUCUUCCUCAGAAUCUUCAGAAUCCAACCAGUCCUCAGAAUCUGAUGCAUCAAGUUCAGAGGAGAUCUUCCCUGAGAGGACGACACCUGGACCAAUUGCUCCAGCCACAGUGAACCCACCCACUGCUGCCAGGUCAACUAUCCCACCGGUGAUAGAAAUGUCCACAAAUGGGCCAGUCAUCAAUGAAACGACACCUUCACCAGGGGACGUUACUGCAUGUGUCACUGAGGACAUUCUAACUCCAGCUCCGCCAACUCCUGCUCCAGCAACUCCCCCUCCAGUCACAGAGAGCAGAGGAGACCGUUUUUAAAUGUUUAUAAAUACUAGUCAGAAUUCAAGCUACAUUUUUCCAGUUUAUCAUUAUUUGUUGUAUGGAAAAUGUACUUAAAUGUAUUUACAGUUUUGAAUGGAUUUAUAGCUUUUGUUGUCAGCUUCAGAAUAGUAUUAUAGGUACAUUCCCAAAUGGAAAAUAGUAAUGAAAAACAAAUAAGAAUCUUGUAUGGCAUAAGAAUAUUUUUUUUAUACAAAAAUCUAAUGAGUAUCUGGUAAGAUUUUGUAUGUUUUGCCUUAUGUCAGUAGUGUAUUUGAAUAUGUCUUGACUUAUAUGACUACUAUGACAUACACAAUUGUGGUGGAUUUUCCACAUCAGGGGUCUCUAACCUAUUCCAGCAUGAGAGCAUUCUUUUAACUUUCAAAUAGGCACAUUCUUAUCUUUUCCUUCAUCCUUGCAAGUCUUCCCUAGGUCCUUGCUGUACAACAUGUUUUCUCUCAAUAUACUUGGUAAAAUGAUGGUUAAUAAACAACUCUAAGGGGCCCCCCCUAAAAUGUUAUUUGGUAUUUUCCUGAAUUCUGUUUUCUCUAUUAGUUUUUUCCUGGUUUGGGAUUUCUUUAAAAAAACAUGUACUCUCACUAUUACAAUUACUUAUAGAGAAACAACGAAUGUGUAGCGAUUCUCGUCCUCGUCUGUGGAUGUUCUGAGUCCAUACCAAUUCUUAAAUCACAACAGAAGAUCAUUUUUUAGUACCAAAAAAAUAAAAAAUUACAUUAAAUGUU